GAAGGAUCGGCUGACCAACGGCAAGUACCGGAAGAAUGAAAGCAUAAAUGUGGAAAAAAGGAAAAAGAUCAAACAACACUUACCUGUUUGCGACACCAUUAUCGCCUGUAUGAAUGAUCUCACUAUUCUAUCUUGUGGAAGAAACUACAGAGAUUUCCACAAACUGUAAGAGAGGAACAGCCAAAAUUACUUGAGACAGAAUUCCUACAGCUUUGAAGAUGCAACUAAAAACCUUUUUUAAAGCAGCAAUUAAGCUGAUUUCCAAGAAAAAUGCCAUCACCUCUAUUCCAUUGAGCUUUAUGUUGUUGGGUUUGCAGGCGUUGAUUGAUGUCCAGUUCUCAUGCCCAUGCAAAGUUAAGUGGAACGCACUUAUAACAGGUUUCCUCUUCAUUGUACCCAGUCUCUUUGCUUUUGUCAUAAUGUUCAUGCUUUUGAGGCCUUGCAAAUAUAAAUGCAGCCAUUCUCAAAGACAAAACAGUGGUGGAAGAACGCAAGGUCGGGACAACAAUGAAGCCUCUCAGGAACAAGACAAAAGUGGACAAUCUCAAGAACAGGACAAAAUUGCUAUAUGUCAAUAUGAAGAAGCAAGGCAGAGUUUUGAGACCGUUUUGAUGGCUUGUCUGAUUCCACCGAUUGUGUGGAUCUGUAUAUUUUUAAUUGAUGGUGAUUAUCUUGCAUGUGGAUUCACAGACUGGAAUGGACGGUAUGCUUGUGAUAAGGAAUUGCAUCCGAUUUGUUUGAACUGGUGCAAACCUACUGACUUAAACCAAGGAGGAAAUGAGACCGAACUAUAUGAACGAACACGAGAGUUGAUUGAGCAAUCAAAGUGUAUAGGUUAUUGCCUGGCAUUGGUCUUCUGCAUUAUAGCGAUUAUUAUUGUGACUGCUAACGACUGCAACAGAGGUCGAUAUUCAGCCUGCUGCAGAAGUGCAGCUCCAGAAAAUGAAGGCGAGGAACGGCGUGAUCUGUUGGCAAACUUAAGCAAGAAACAAAGUGUGCAACAUGAGAUGGGCAUGCUUCAAGAUGGCGGCUCGCGACAGAGACAUCCAAGUCAAGUUGUCGAAAUAGAAGAAAAGGUUUAAUAGAUCAAUUCCAGAUCAUAUGUUGUGUUUACAUUCUCUUUUAUUUCCGAAUGUGCAAGUAUUUUCUCAUUUACAUUUCAUUUGUUUUAUUCUGUUAUCAGUAGGAUUUGCUUCAAAAUAAAUUUCAUGUUUAUGACUUAAUGCAAUAUCAUUAGUCACAAUAUUGUAGUAGGCUAAUGUUUUUUCUGAUACAGUAAGUUUGCAUAACGUGACUUUGAAUUACAGUGAAAAGAUAAAACUUUCUUUAAAAGCAACAAAUCACUCUCAAAUACUACAAUCCACAAUAGUACAUUUUCAAAAAUUUCCGGGUAUUAUGCAUGCAUCUCUUCCUUGUAUGUUUUGUGAUACUUUGUGUUUCUUGAAUAACUUUAUUAUCUUGUUUGUAUCAUUGCAGACUGAGCAUGAAAUCAUCCAGUCAUGUUUGACUGGUUUGUGGCUUGACCUAGUUGAUGAAUCAAAGUACAGAUCCUGUCUUUAGCUGUUAUAGGUCUGAUUUGCAAGUUAAUAAAGUAAGGGGAUUAUUAUGGGUGUGUUGAUGUUGUCCCAGCAUGCAUGCAUCUGAAAACAUUCAUAAACCUGCUUAGGGUAUUGUGUUUGCUAUCUUGGGAAUCAUUCAUUUAGGAAUAUUUUAAUAAGACAACAUGUUGACACAAGUUUGAAUGAAACAAAUUAUAUCAGUUUUGUAUAGGCAAUGCAAAUCUAGUGGUCUUCACUCUUGCUCUUGGAGAUUUCAAUAAACAGAA